AUGGCAAAGACUUUGGCACAAGGAAGAAAACCUGGAAGUGGCAGAAAACCUGGUAAAGCAAAAACUUUGAAGGAGGGCAGGAAACCCGGGAGUGGCAGGAGGAAAAGAGCAGUGUCUGCUAGCAUUGCGUCGCUGGCUAUACCGCCGCACACGGGUGCUAGGACUAGAGAGGAAUCAAAUACGUACGACCAUCCUAUCACGUCGAGGGACUUGGAGGCUAUCGAUGCUCUUCGAGAACUUACACAUAGCCCACAGCAGAUGAGUCAGGCGACGAAGGCAAUGUCUCAGCAGCCAUUAAAUGCAGGCAGUUCAAUGAUACCCACGAUGCUACCCCCCAUACAACAGCAAGUGGUAUCCGAUAUAAAUCCAGAAACGAAUAGCAAUGGCAGUAGCGAGAAUGGCAAUUCACAGAGAGUAGAUAUGUUGUCAUCUAAGCCUUUUCUGACACAUGCCAGGAUAUUAUCGGCGCAAGAGGCUGCGAAUGCUUCAUCAUCGAUGAAACCAAUGUACAAUAACAACGGAAGUACUCUUACCAUAUCGCCGUCAUCUUCCAUCAGUAUACUGAACGAAGACAGUGAGCAUACAUCGUGA